CCACUGACGGAGAACCCCUGUCUUUUAACAGAUCCUGUAUAUGACCUCGUUCUUCUACACAUUGAACUAUGUAUGGACCCUGUACUCUGGGCUAAAUAACAGAUUCUACAGUAGCCUUCAUGGAUACCCAGCCCAAUGCGCCACCAAACUGAGAAGUUUCAGCAAGAUUGCUGCAGUCCUGUCAUGUGUCCUCCCCGUGCUGCUGAUGCUGCCAGUGUUUGUAACAGGAAACAUGGACCACUGUUACACAAACUUCAGCCAGCCUUACAAGUGCCUUCUAAUGCACACGGAGGCACUCUUCAUGUCCACUGACUUGAGCAAGAUGGAGGUGGACUCAGCUUGCCGCCUGGGACACAUGUACAGUAUUGCUGUCUUCCUGGCAGUGUUCCUCCUCACCUUUGUUGGCAUUGUGGUGCUCAUGGGAAAAGCCCGCACUGUUUACAGACGUUGUGUGAGUUCUAGCGGUUUCCUCGGCGACAGGCAGUGGGCGUCACUUCGUGUUCUGGACCGACACAUGCUCCUCUACCCCUCUGUCUUCUUCUUCUGUUGGGGCCCAGCAGUGUUCCUGGCAGCCAUGAUUCUGUACAACCCCAAAUCAGUGGAGGGAGUUGUGGGCGUCAUUCUCUACAUCUUACAGGUAAAACUGCCAGCUGCUCUGAAACCUACAUCCAAGACGUGUGCAACCUCAGUCCAUGGCUUAACUUCUACUUCCUCAUCCCAGGCCUUCACCUCAUCCUCUCAAGGCCUUCUGAACUGUGUGGUGUACGGCUGGACACAGACACACUUCCGCUCAGCUAGCAAAGAUGCUCUAAGGGACAUGGACACCCAGACGCCACUUCUGAGAUCUCAGAAGAAAGGCUAUAAAACUCUAUGGUCAACACCAUCCCCCAAACCAGAUGAUAUAGAAGGAUCUGGUAUUCUACCGACACCACAUUAACUUACUAUGGUGGUUGUGACACUGGCAAAAGAAAUUAAACAAAGCCUUUUGUGCCAGACUAGGAGUGACAGUUUGGUUUUGAAUCUUGGGGACAGUACCUUGGGAAGCACCUGUUAUACCAAUGAAGCAAGAACACCCUCGGCUGUACACAAGGGACAGCAGGGUCCAACCAGACAGAGGCUGAACUGCUGAGGCGUAAAAAAGGGAAGAACCAGGGAAUUUACAAGGAGAGGAAGAGCAGCUCUGAAACAGGAUCUGAGAGCUCUGUACUUUCAUAGGAAUCAGAGUCACUCCCUCCCUCACUUGUUUUGACUGCAUCGCUCGUGCAAACAUUGUCUCUACAUUAGUGUUUAGAAUUUCCCACAGUAGUUGGGGAUAGCCGAGGAUAUUUGUGAAAGGCUUUGUAACUGACUGGCAUGUCUUUGAUUUAGAGGGGCCCUGAUUGAGCCCAACCGUGUGGAAACAGUGAGCAGCCUGUCACUUUUCAUCUUGAUGGAACAAAGGCCCUCCAUUCACAGAGAUGCUGCUUGACGUACGAGUUUGGCCCGUGGUGUUGUGUGAUGGUCGUAGAUACGCAAGUGUUGCAAUGUUUAGUUUUCGCCCUGCAUGGGCUUGGUCACAGAAAUGUGACUGUAGGUUUAUGCUCACUCCUUGAGUUCAAUUCUAAACUUUAUCAAAGGGGACAAUUAUUGCCUUGCAUGAGAACAGGAUAAAUACAUCACCACAACAUACAAUUAUUGCCUUGCAUGAGAACAGGAUAAAUACAUCACCACAACAUACAAUUAUUGCCUUGCAUGAGAACAGGAUAAAUACAUCACCACAACAUACAAUUAUUGCCUUGCAUGAGAACAGGAUAAAUACAUCACCACAACAUACAAUUAUUUUUUUUCUGAGAUGCAAAUGAAACUGAAUGAAAAUAAUGGGAAUUUCCGGUCUGUCAAUGCAUUGGACUUUAUUUCUGUUUAACUCAAUCCAUCAAUAUGAAAUGGGCAUUGCAGCUCAAAUAUAGUAACUGCUGCAGCCUCAUCAAAACAAUAAAAUCUUGUUUCACUCCCACAUCCGACCAGCUGCAUCAUGGCAGUUAUCAAAGAUGAGGCUGUAGUCAGUGCCUCCAGCUUUGACGAAAUCAGAGACCGUCUUACUCCCUUUAAAGUUUUUGGUUUCAACUUUCUGCAAAAAGUUUUAAAAAACAAUGUUUUAAUCUGUGUAUUUGCCACUACAGAGUCAUUUCAAUAAAAUAUGCUUAUGAAAGAAAGCUGAUUGAA